GGGCUCAACAGUGUUGCCUGCUCCACCGCCGCCUUUAUGCUCCAAAAAUAAUGAGCCGCUUUGGGUUUUAUUUCGUUUUUCUCUUCCUGUUAGUGAAAAGCCCGAGUGUGAUUUUAUUCCUGUGUUUCGCCAUCUUUGUCUACAUCCAUUACAGAACCCGAUAGGGGAAGGAACCUGAUCGAUGCAGGAAAGUGAUCAGGAUGUAGGCCGUUCCGUUCAGCAUCCGCCUCAUUUAUUUACGAUCACGUCACGGAUCUCUCGUCCUUGUCUCCAGGAGGAUGGCGUCAGACCCAAGUGAUGGACUGUGCUGUUCCUGUGCCGGAGGUCGACACCAGAAAGCAGGUCAGACGGGGGUGGCACCUCACCGGGCAGGAUGCGCGAUAAGAGAUGUCUAUAAAGCAGAGACACGGAGCUGAGCUCUGCAGUCCAGACAGAGGGGAGGACCCGAACCGACUGAGGCGGUCCAGCCUCUUCCCACCCUGCAACAAAGUUGUUUGACUGGGGGGACUUAAGAGUUGGGACAUUUGAGGACCGGAUGGGAGAAGAGGGAGGUGCGCGCUUAUGCCGUCCCCCAUAAGAUGCCACUCUGGGUGGUUGCCCAUGUCGCCCAUAUCGAAAGCCACCACUGCCGCUCUUCCUUGACACAGAUUUAUCUUUAUCCUAAUGGGUCUCAUCCUGUCUGCCUGGCUGAACGGCCCAGCAGCUGAUGACGUCGCCUCUUCUUCAUCGGCUUUGCCUGCGCUGGCCGUCCCAACCUCGUCCAGAGUCACCCUCGUCCUGAGCUCCUCUGCGGUGUCUCCGGGAGACAGACGCUCACACUGGAGCUCGCAACACCACUCUCCUCACUUCCAGCUCUCUCAAUGCAAGCAGGAAGUGACACGCGCACCUGCAGAGCUCAGCAGCGACGGGGUCAGGGCCGAGGUGGGGGUGGAGAGUGGGCUCCAUGUGUGGGAGGUAACUUGGAACCCUGAGCACAGAGGAAGUCAUGCAGUCAUAGGAAUUUCGAGGCAGGACUGUCCUCUGCAAGACUCGGGUUAUAAAGUUCUAGUGGGUGGAGAUUCCCUGUCAUGGGGAUGGGAACUACAAACCAAUCAGCUCUGGCAUGGUGGAGAAAGUCUGGCGUGUUUUCCGUGUGAAAGGAGGGGGUCUCUUAGAUUAAAAUCCUCAAACCCACUGCACAGCAAAGAGACAGAUGCACCUCUCCUUAUUCCUGAACGUGUCCAGCUGGUCCUGGAUGCUGAUGCGGGGACCCUGGGAUUUGCUGUCGAUGGCAGCUUCCUGGGUGUUGCAUUCAGGGACCUUCCUCCUGGAGUGGAACUGUUCCCAGCAGUAAGCAGCGUGAGAGGAGGAGCACAGAUUGAGUUGCGCUAUCUGAAUGGAACUACACGUAAUCCUCCCGCCCUGAAGGCUCUGUGUGGACUAUCAAUUCUGCAAAAUUUAGGGCAACAAAGGCAGAACCAAGUGGACAAACUGCCUCUACCACCUUUACUCCAACACUACCUGCUUUCCUCUUUCUAAUUCCGCUUGCACAUUUACAUGCAAACGCUUUUGCAUUUUCUUUUCAAUACAUUUGUUUGUAUUGCUUAUGUUAUUUAUCGAUAGUUUUAUAAUUGAGAAACUCACUUUUUAUAAUGGUAUUAAACACCUUCACACAAGCCUGACAAGGACUCCUUCAACUACAGACACAUGUAAAUAGUCUGAAUGUUUGUUUUAAUAAACCAGACUUGCGGAUGCAUAAACCUUUUCCAAGGUGUCAGAUCUUUCUUUUUUUCUUUUACUACUGAAAUUGAAGUAUUGAAGCACUGUCAGUACUGCUGAAAAUCGAUUUUAAUCUUUUGAAAACUGACACAAAUGUGAUCUCAGGUUGUGAUCCAGAAAAUGCAACUUUUAUGAGUUGUAAGAAACAUCCAAUCAUGAGUGCAAGUGUAUCUUGUUGUUUAUUUCACAGCAUUUUUUUUUUUACUCACGUUAUUGAAAUGAUUAAAACUGAAAAGUUCUAGUUUUCUCAAUUUAAUAUUCUUUCCCAAAUGUCAGCAAAUUUAUAGUUUUAAAUUAAGUUAAGCACAAAAUUAUCCACACCUGGCAGAUUUCAAUUUCAUUUUUUUUUCCACCAAGAAGUGCAUUUCUGAUGUGAAAUAGGACAGGUAUGUAUCAAAAGGCAAUAAAACAAUGUGUAGGGGUAUCGGCUUUGAAAAAACAAAACAGACAAUAUUUACAUUUUAAUUUUGAAAAAUCCCAUGUCAAAAGUGAUUCACACUGAUUUCCAUAAUUGAUGGAAAAAUAUUCAUUGGCAUUACAGGUAAUGAACCCUUCUUGUUACUUCUUAUUACAGAUGGCCACCUCAACCUCUUCCCACAGGUUCAAAUUCCAGUUCAAGCCUGAACUUUGACUGGACCACUCCAAAAUGUGGGCCAGUCAAAAAUUUUAUUUUGAACUUAUCUACCAAUUUCUGUCAUCCUUGCAUGCAUGUGUAUUGAUGCUGACAUGUUAUUUCUGUGUCACUGUUUGCUUUAGGUAAUACUUGGUGGUGUAAUUAUUACUCCACCAGUAUUUGAUGAACUGUGUUUCACUUAGUUGUACUUUUUAUGUGUAAAACAAAUUGUGCAAAGACAAUAAAAGCUUAAAAAUUGGAGAACAGAGAGUGAAAUUCA